AUGCAUUAUUCAGCCAUUCAAAACAUGCGUCAACAAUUUGAACCAAACCGCGAAUUGCUCAUCAAAAUAACUGCUGCUAUGGAACAGUAUUCAGCAGACAAUGACGACAAUGACAUUGAUGGUGCAAACGAUAGUUCCCCUCAAGAUGAAACCACAUCGAAAAAAGAUAUUAACGAUUUCAUAAAAUCAGCUCACAACAAAAAACCGGAAGACUACAAUGUAAAAACAAGGCAGGCUGUCUGUGAAAAUAUACAAAAAUUAAAUGUUGAACAACGACGUAUAUUUGAUGACGUCAUGGAACGAUUGUCAGACUCAACCCACAAACCCUUCUAUUUAUAUAUUGGAGGACGUGCUGGAACAGGCAAAACAUUUCUCAUGAAAGUAAUUAUCGAUGGAGCAAAGCUACUGCUGAUGAAAUCGGGUGACGAUUUAAAUAAAGAAUCCGUACUAGUGAUGUCUCCCACUGCUACAGCUGCACGACUAAUAGGUGGUCACACCAUUGAAAGUGCCAUGGGCAUGUACAGAAAUGAUGACACUGAGGUCAUUGACACAUUUUCAACAAAUGCUACCCUGGCAUCGCGACACAGCCAAGUGCAACUUCUCUGCAUUGAUGAAGUUUCCAUGUUGGGGUGUCGCAAAUUUCAUAAUAUUCACCUUCAAUGCAAAGCUAUAUUUGGACGACAUUCAAAACCGUUUGGAAAUAUGCCAUUGAUAUGCACAGGAGACUUCUUCCAACUGCCACCAGUUGGAGACUGCUGGAUAUUUAAGGACUUCACUCGCAAUAGUGGUAUAAGUUUUCCAGCCCAAAAUAAGUGGAAAGCAUAUUUCAAAACCUACAAUCUAGAACAAAAGAUGCGUUCCAUUGGUGAUGCAGCCUUCUCUGAUUUGUGCGAUCGCAUUGGCUUAGGACCGGCUCAUCUCACCGACGAUGAUGUAACCUUUCUUGAAAACCGUGUCCAAUCAUGCCCUGAUGAAGACAACAAUGAUAAAUUCAAGACAGGUAACCUGGCCAUUAUCGUCAUCAACAACAAAAUACGUGAACAAAUAAACGCAACGAAACUCGUCACUACCAUUAACAGCCCAUCAACAGUGUUUGAUGCUGAAGACAAGGCAGCAAAUGUUGAUCGCUUUGAUAAAUGGACAUUGCUGGACCAACCAUACACCAAAACUGGCCAUUUACCAAACCGACUCGAAGUAAAGCUGGAAUGCCCAGUAAUGUUGACUGUCAACCUCAACAAAAUGGAUGGCCUGACAAAUGGUGUCAGAGGAUAUGUUGUUCACAUUGAUGAAGAAUGUAAUAUCAUCUGGGUGAAAUUCCCACCAGAUGUUGGGAAACGUUCUAUAUCAUGUGCCAAGAUUAAAUAUGGCAUCAACCACCAAAACGGAUGUGUCCCUAUAACCCAAAUGCGAACAACUUUCAAGUUCAAAAACCAGAGCAUGCAUCACAAUGUCAAGAUUUAG